UCCCUCCCAAACCCGCAGGGCGGCUUCGCGGCCACGGGUUCGAGCCGGGCCCUGGCUGGGCCGCUCGCAGACCACAGACCGGGCUCGGGCGGCCGGGAGUCUUGCCGAGCCCCUGGGUUACUCUCGGGCCCGCGUGGCCCUGGGACGCUCCACGCAGGACCCGGGGCGGGGCCGCGCGGGGGUCCCAGCCGCAGUUCCAGCCCCAGCACCCGCUGCCGCCUGGCCCGCGGCUCCCUCUGCGGCCCUGAAAGUGCUCCCGGCGGUGCGUGCGGGCCCCUCGCCAGCUGCUCCGCUCCGCACCGGCCCUGCCAGCACCUCCCGGCGAGCCAGGGUCUGGUCUGUCGCCGGGCGUCACCGAACCGCACGGGGAUUGAAAGGGUGGGCGGUCUGGGCUCCCCUCUCCCGAGUGUUGGGAGGGCUGGCUCCGGGUCCCUGGGUUAGAGGAGGAGGGAGCAGUGCUUACCCUGGACUAACAAGCCUGACCGCUCUCCAAAAGCCUGGUGCAGCCGCUCAUUCCAGCGUGUGCUGGGAAGGAAAAACCAGCAUGUCUUCCUCCAGAUUGGGGCUCCGUUUGGCUGCCUGUUUACUAAACAUCUCAGAAGCCAGGAGGAAACACGUCGUUGAGAACAUCGCAAAAGCAGCUCUUCUUGGGGAAAAUGGGAAGAAACGUCCUGAAGUAUCAGUGCUCAAUAUAUUUUCUGAUCAAGACUACAACAGAUCAGUCAUUACCAUAGCAGCUUCUGUUGAUGAAUUAAACCAUGCUGUCCUGGCUGCCUGCGUGGAGGCCUUCCGGUCUAUUGACAUGGAGGCUCAAGAGGGGAUCCACCCGUGUUUGGGAGCCGUGGACCUGAUCCCCAUUUACCCGCUCGCCGGCGUGUCAGUGGAAGAGUGUGGAGCUGUGGCCAGAAGCCUGGCUGAGACCCUCGUCCUGCGCGUCCCGGGCAGCGGCGUGUUUCUCUUCGGCGAGGCCGAUCUGCCCGAGAAGCGCCCCCUGGUCCAGAGGAGGAAGCAGCUGGGCUGGUUCGCGAGGAGGGAUCUCAGUGCCCUGGAACCCGACCUGGGAGCUGCACCUGCCCGAAGAUGUGGCUUAACAGGCGUCGGCGCCAGCCCGUAUGUGAUGAACUGCAAUGUUACCAUAGACUCUCAAGACUUGGCCUUGGGAAAAGAGAUUGCUGGUGCCAUUCGGGGCUCAAAUGCAAAUGGACUGAAGGGCGUCCAAGCGAUGGCUUUUCCCCAUGAAGGGAAAAUUGAGAUAGCUUGCAACGUGGAGAGUUUUGAAGACCAAGAAGCUACAGAAACCUCAGAAGAGUCCCGAUACAUGUCUUAUAAUGUUCUUGAGGACCAUUUUUCUUACAUAUCUCCUCAUUACAUAGAAACUCAAGUUAAAAAGCUGGCAGGUGAUCGGGGAAUUGGUACUAUAGGGAGAGCAUUAAUUGGAUUUACACCCCAAGAGUGCAAGAACUGUGCUGAAUAUGCUAUAAAAGAAAAUAUCGGGGAAUUCUGGAAGAUACGGGGAGGUAUUUUCAUGUGAUCCAGUUUAAGAAUUCAUGGAAAUUUUAAGGAAAAAUGUCAAUCAUUACAAAGUUUUGUUUGGCCAGUGAAGAUGAGGGAAAGAUACAAGCAUUCUUUGCUCAACAGCCAGUCUUUAUGGAUUGUUCAUCAUUGCCCCGUGAUAGUUCUAGUCCUCGUUGAAACUUCAUGAGAACCUCUCUGCACCACGUUUAUGCACUUUGUGCAUUAGAAGACCUCCCGAAUCAACUGAGUGGAAUGGGCAUGGCUGCCGAACCAUGUCAAUAGGUUUAAUUGUUGAGAACAAAACCAAAGAUGGGUUUUAUUUCCUUGGUUUUCCCUAAUUCAUUAUUUCCAAGGUCUGUAUUCAACUUUCAUUUUUCAAAUGAUCUUUUUUUUUUUUUUUAAAUGUGUAUGUUAAAAAAAAUCAAGUACUAAGUGACUAAAAAGUGGGGAGAAUUAUAAAAUAAAAUUGCUCUUUCAAAGCCUGGUUGUUCUUUUUUGCCUUCCCACUUUUAGGAUAACCUAUUGUUUAUUGCAGAGAUAACUCCAAAAACCUGAUUUGCCUAAUUUUUUAAUGUUUAUAUAGGGAGAUGGAAUGGUGGUGUUGGGCAUGACUUCAAGGAAUUGUGUUUAUCCUUUUUGGAAUUUAAAUGGGAAGUCUGAAGAUUUAGGGAAUAUAUUGCUUUUGAGCACAGAGAAGAGUAUCAGUGGAAGGAAUUUAUUUGAAAGAAAUCAAAAUAUGUAGUCAUUUUGUGAACUAAAAGAAGCCACUUGUUGAUUCUGGAAAUUUUAUGUAAAUCUUUAGUAUUUAUAUUGCUUUAGCACAGGGCCCUUUCUAUCCAUAAAGCACAAAGAAAUGUAUUUUUCUGUUGAUUUUUUUUAACAAGAAAGAUUAUGGUCUUUCCAAAUAAGAGCACAUA